AUGGACUUUUGCCACGCCUCAGUCUGCAAGUUGCUGACGCACAAGUUUCUCAAGUUGCAGGACACCUACAUUCGCCUGCUGGACUUCAAUACAGAGCUGUUUGUAUCUGUAUGGGACUGCUUACAGCAUUAUGUCACAUUCCUGCCAUUGACUGUGUCGUUCUGUGUGUGUAAUAUGGAAAAUGUCCUAUGCUCGGCGCAGGUUGACCUUUUGGCACUGUUUAAGGCCGGAUUAAUUCUAUGGCUGCAUAAGGAUUUUCAACGCAUUACUUGCACGGCCCGUUGCAGCUAUUCGUGGGAUAAUCGGAUUGCACGGAACUAUUUGGUGUCGUAUGUGUGGAAUGUUUCCGCCGAUUUGGGCUUCCUGCUGCCAACGGCGUGGAUGGGUACGCUCUUCUAUACGCUGGCCUACAGCUUGUACGUAUGA